UGACGACUGUACUACCCGGAAGUUUUUAGCGUCACCGGGCAAGUUGAAGAAUCGAUUUGUCCACAAAGUUUAAAAUGCAACGUGAUAAGAGUGUCAAAGCGAAAGAAGUGAUUGAAUCACUUUGUAAACUUCUAUAUUCACUAGGUUUGGAGUGUGUACCAAGUGCAGAAACGUUCAGACGGGCUAAGUUUAACAAAGGAGAGGAUGUGGUGGUGGAGUUCUGGAAGCUCCUUCAUAGUGUUCUUCUGAAAACACUGCUACUGGAAUGUUCUUGCACAACACUUUCAGACUUGGACAGUCAUGUGAGAGAGGCACUCUGGCAGUGUGGUUACGGUGCCAGCUGGAUUGUUGUGACGACUGCCGGGCUCCGUCCCAGGAGUGAAGUUGGGAGCCGAGAGCUGCUGGUGGCGUUUGGGUGGGUGUUGUCUUCAGGGAGCAUGCUGGAGGCCCUGCUGAGAGCAAGAUCCCUGGAGCUGGAUAUCCUCUCACUCCCACCCACGAUCUCACUGAGUAGCCCCAGAGAGGGAGGCUCCCUUGGGGAUGUAGAUGGCCAAGGAGACCUGAAGGAAGACGGACUCCUCAGGAGACUCCAAUGGCAGUAUGGGAAACUCAGGUUCCAGUGGCGGAGGUUGCUCUCCAUUCAAGAGGAAAGAGCUAGACUCCUUCACCAGGUCCUUUCCUCCAGCACAAUGCCCUCCACGUCCACCUCCCAGCCCUCUUCUGAUGACCAUCACAGCAUGUGCUCAACUGCCCUGAAAAAGGAGGUGGAGCGUCUACAGACUCUCAGUCAGCUGUUGGAGGCCUACCUGGAGUGGAAGAGACAGGAGCCACUCUUCUGGUGCUGGAUGGAUAGUGUUGUGGACAGCCAGCUCUCAGACCUGAGAGAGGAGGACACUGUAGAGAACAUGUCACCUGUACACCAAGUUGUCAAUAGGUGCUUUCCCUACGGUUACAAGGACAAGGAGGGUCUGGAACAACUGGACAACAUGCUGCUGAGGCUGCACACAGGGCUGAAGGACACAUACACAAGACAGAACAGAAAAGCGCAGAGUGUUCUUCAAGACGCUGAGGAGUUGGAGGAGAUUGAGAGGAGAGUGGCUCUCAGGCUGCAUGGCUUGGCUGAGUCCUGUACUUCAACUCCUACAUCUGGUUGCUGUACUUACAGGCCAAGUCUCCAGGGGCCACAGCCACUUCCCAACCAUCACCAGCCUUGUAGGCCAGGGUCUGUGCUCCCACAAGCCUGUGAUGGGGCAGUGCUGCCAGGCAAGGUGUCUGGGACAGGCACAGUGAUGGUCCAAGUCCAGGCCUCCUCACUGAUCGUCAAGCUGCAGCAGAGAGAGGACUUCCUGCUGGGGGAACUGGGCCAGAUGAGGCAGGCAAAGCGGGGACAGAUCCAGGAGAAGACAGCCAGCUGGCUGGAGGGGGUUGGAGUUGUCCUCAUCCCUCCUCUCCCUCUCAAGAGAUAAACACUAACAGGAUGCUACUUCAGGGUGUCUGUGCGUGCAAGCGAGUGAACAGGAUGCUGUUCAGCUCGGUGGCUGACAGACUGUCUGUCCCCAGACUACUUUCAUAGAAAUAGAAUGACUAGAAGGUGCAAAGCUGCUCGACAAUUUGUGGCUAUAUGUUCUAUUAAUUAUAUUUAUAUGUCUACUGCUAAUGUAUUAUGAUGCGAUGGACUGCAUGUGAUAUAUUUCAAAUGACAUCUGAAAUGCACAUGAAUCAGUUGAAAUCAAGAUAUGUGUGUGUGUGUGUUGAUGUAAUCCACUGUGGGAGACAACAUAAACACCUGUGUGGGCUGGCUGUUAAGUUGCUGGUUUUUGUUUUUUUCUUGUUUCUUAUCUUUUCUCGGUGCCAAGCUUUCAGGAGAGAAAACAGUCUUAAAGUUCUGAAGUAGGUCAGGGUUUAGGAUGUUCUCUCACUGAAGUUGGUUUAUAAGUAGACCGCCUGGCGAAUGCUCUCUCCGUCUCAGCCUCACACUGAUUAGCUGAUGUUACCCGUCCUGGCCUCACCCCUCAGAGGAUUCAUCCUAGUGCCUUCACCUCCUCAAAUUUCAAGGUGUGUGUGUGUGUGUGUGUGUAAGUAACAAGCAUUUCAUGCAGAUGAAUUACCUAAUGCAUGGAGGGGAAAAAAGUCACGAUCUGACUGAUGGAAACAGGAUAUGCCGGUUCAAUUUUAUAAAUGCCAACAGACAAUUUGUUUGUUCGAUAUGGUGGGAUCUUUUUGUGUCAGUAAAAUGUAUUUUGGGAGAAAUUACGUUGAAAAUGCCUUUGAGUAAAUAUUGAUAUCCACUUUGAUAUCCACAAAAAUAUAAACGCAACACGUUAUUAAAAGAGUAUCUGUGACCAACAGAUGCAUAUCUGUAUUCCCAGUCAUGUGAAAUCCAUAGAUUAGGGCCUCAUGCAUUUAUUUAAAUUGAAAGAUUUUCUUUUAUGAACUGUAACUCUGUAGAAUUGAUUAAAUUGUUGCAUGUUGCAUCUUAUGUUUUCAUUCGGUGUAAUAACCAUCAUAUAGAAGUAAACUUGGAGUCACGCGAUGAUAUGUUCUUAGGUCCUCCCAUUACGACUCUGUAAAACAUGCAGUUUAUUAGGCUACAGAUAAUAUAAGUUAUGGUGAAUUUCACAGGGUGGUGAAAGUGCACAUUCUCCUUACCAAUAAAUAUCUUAUUUUGGUGACAUGA